AUGAAAGUCAAGCAGAAUGUGGAGAGGCAGCAUGCUAAACAAGAAAUGUGGGUACCUCGGAGAGAACAGCUUCCAGCUCCUGAAGAUGACAGUGGAAGUGAUAAAGAAGAUGAACAACCACAGGUGAUUGUUCUGAAAAAAGGAGAUCUAACUGCAGAAGAAGUUGCAAAGGUCAAAAAGGAGAUCAAAGAGGUCACAGCUGAUCCUGAAGAUGGAAAGAUUAUAUACCGGAAACCCUCUAAGCGUUCAGCAGAAGAAAACUAUUUUGGUUUGACAGUUACUUCAAGUAAGAAAAUUAAAGAGAUAAAGAAGAAUUCUCCAAGUUUUCAAAAUUCAGCUAAGCAAGUUAAAAAUAAAAGCUUGCUUUCUUUUGAUGCAGAAGAAAGUGAUGACUAAUCUGUACAAUCUGUAAUUGCUGUAUACACCUUUUUCUUAAACAAAAUGCUAAAAGUAUAAUGUGGAAGCAGAAACACAGGCUUUAAGUUUAAUAAAUGAAGGCUUUGCAUUCUGCACUUAGAAUUACUUUCACAUUUUUACCCAUUAUACCCAUUGUAGAGUGCAAGACGUUUUAUUUGGGAUUAAGAAUGUAAAUAUUACUUCAGCAAAGCUUCUUGUUCUGUCUUAAAAUGCUGAGGAAAUGUAUUGGGAUUAUGCUCAUGCUAACUAUAUUGAUUUGAAAGGGAAGAUCCUGACACAAUGCAGGCUUUGGUAGAAAAAUAUUUGGAAGUCCAGUAUGCUUGUAACUAGAGGUGGAUUGUGUUGCUACAAAACAUGUAGCAGGAUUAACUAUGUAAGGCUUUAUCAAGGAACUGAUCUAAAUAGUUGUUUUUAGUAAAGCUGAUAUUCUACUAUUACUACUGAUUGACUUGUAAAAUUAUCUUGUCUUUAUCAUUUAUCCCUAUUCUUCAGCAAAUAAAAAAGGUUUUCUAUGUA